AUGCUGCCGCAAACUAUCCAGGUUGCCGCACCUAAUGGACAGAUUCAAGUAGUACCCGUCUCCAGCUUAGCUGGGGCUGGGCAACAAAUAGUUAUCCAGCAACCACAGACUCCUCAAAUUAUUCAAACUCCUGAUGGACAAACCUACAUUUAUCAGCCAGUUCAACUCGAAGGACAAGUACAGCAGGCCCAGCCAACAGUUAUCAACAUCAACGGAAACCUGAUGCAAAUUGCUGGCACUACAUCACAGACGUCUACAUCUACGGCGAACACUGCUCCUGUACAACCACUCUCUAGUCCUACCGCAACAGCUUCACAGGCAGGAAAUAUUGUCAUGAUGGUGCCCGGAAACAGUGGUCAAGCACAAUUCCAGAGAGUUGCGUUACCUAAUGCAGAAUUUCUCGAAGAAGAACCCUUGUACGUCAAUGCUAAGCAGUAUCGUCGCAUUUUAAAACGCCGUCAAGCCCGUGCCAAGUUAGAAGCGGAAGGAAAAAUACCCAAAGAAAGACCAAAAUACCUACACGAGUCACGCCACAGGCAUGCAAUGAAUAGGAUUCGUGGGGAAGGAGGUCGUUUUCAUUCUGGCCAGGUAAAAAAGAGAAGGGCAAACACAAAUACGAUGAUUACUCAGCAUAUAACAACGACGAGUAGUACAAAUACUAUUCGUACAAUAUCGCUACCGGCGACGAGUGCGGUAGGCCAACAUCACAGUAACGACAACAUGACACCUGCAAUUAUAAUUGAGUGCCGCAACUACACCAGGCAUCUUUCUGCACAUUCGCUGGACGUGAUACGAAAAAAGUUGGGCACGCAUAUUAAAAUUUCUCACAGUAUAUCAGCUUUCAUGGAUAUACUGAGAAAACCAUACAGUGUAUUUGUAUCUGUGUCGAUCUAA